GGGACUGGGACAUGUGGAUGCGUCUCGGGGAGGUCCGGCGUGGGCGCGAGUGCAUCGUCCCGGACGUGUCUCGGACCUACCACUUCGGUUCCUCGGGCCUCAACAUGAAUUCGUACUUCCAGGACACUUAUUUCAAGAAACACUCGUUCAACACUCUGCCCUACGUCGAACUGCGCGAUCUCGACACCUUGAAGAAAGAUGCCUACGAAGAAUUGAUCACAGGGAUGUUGCGCCGGGGAACAGUCCUAGAUCAUUCCCGAAGUCCUUGCGAGGAUACCUUCAUUCCAGACACCACAGGCCACACCUACCUGCUGUUCAUCCACAUGGAGCACCACAAAGACUAUUCCACUUGGUUGCAGGUCGCCAAGUGUCUUCGAAUUUGGGAUCUUGACAGCAGGGGAUAUCACCAUGGCAUGUGGAGGCUUAAUAUGAAAUCCAACCCCCUGCUGAUUAUUGGCGUGCCUUUCUCCCAGUAUUCAAAAUUCAAACCGCCUGAUUUAAAACCUCUGCGCAUGGAAGCAAAGGACAAGGGAAAGGAUCAGGGGAAGCCAAAGGAGAAAAACAUCAGCCAAAGAUAACAAUUUGCCUUGGUGGUCCUAGAACCAAAAUAUGCUGUGAUGUACGAUUUGGUCGUGAUGUGGCGUGAGAGAGAGAGGGACUCUAGUGAUUCUGUGAAUCUGAGGAACGUGAAGAGGAAUGGAUAAGCAAACCCAGCAUGGACAGAUGUACAUUGAUGAAGGAUGCUAAGCUCCGCCAAAUGUGAUGACUAGACUAAUCAUCGACACUGUAUGAGAUAUUUGUAGAUGCAUUGAUGCCAUAUGUGAAAUGGCGUCGAACUGCAAGUGACAUUGAACUUCUGUGUAAUGAAGCAGCUGGCUGUGCACACAUUAAUGCUCUAGACAUAGUUAUUAGUGACUGCCUUAUUAAUGCCCAAUAAGACAUCAUCACCCAAUAUAUACAGAGCCUCAGACUUAGAAAAAGUGUGAAACUUCAGCCACUUUAUUGAAAGUUGGUUGUAGACUCUUUUUCUGUUCUUUAAUAGCAGUGACUUAACAGUUCAUUUUUUCAUAUAUUCAGAAAUAUUUUGAAAAUGGCAUUUAGCUCAUAAAGUUUCCUUGUUUAUUUUGACAAGUAUUAGAGGUAUCAUAAAAAUCCAUUACCAUGUGGAGCCAUAAAUUCUGUAUUUUCUUUCAUAAAAUUCAAGACUUAUGAUACCUUAUUUCAAGUUAUUAAGGUCUUCCAGAAGUUGGAAUACGUGUUAAAUAUUUCAUGUAAAUCUACAAAUUGCAGUGAAUCAGAUUUAAGAACGUGUUUGUUGUGCAAACCAAAGUUGUAUAUGAUGUUCUAUACCUUGUUAAAGUGCAUCUUAUGUAAUCUCCAUAUCCACUGUUAAAAAGAAUACAUUAUAAAAAAGACUUACAAAAAAUAUGUAUGUAGGAGAGACUAAUGAAUGUUUCUAUAUUCUUAUCUGUCUUUGACCUGCUUUGAAGCUGGAGAACAUACCUGUAUGUACUGUGUAAAGCAGUAUCUAGCUCAUUCCUUCAAGUAGAGGGAGGACCAAAUGUUGAAUGUCUGUGUAGAAUCUUUUCUUUCAAGAUAUAGUGAAUGAGCUUAGUAAAUAGCUGUGUAUAGUGCUGCAACUUCUGUAAAAAAAAAUACGACCACAACAUAGUAUUAAUAUAUAGAUUGGUUUAUGUAUUUUCUUGUAUAUUUCCUCCUCUUAGAGGGAUAGAUGUAGAUAACUAGUGAAUUAUUUUCUUUAUUUUCCAAUAUGAUUGUGAAUAGGUGCAUCUCAGCAUAUACAAUUAGUUGCUUUGGAUGUAAAAUCACAUGUAUUAAUUCUGUAGUGUUUGAGUGUUGUGGUUGCAUGGUGCUGUUGUAGGUGAGGGACUGAGGGUGCUGAAGCCAGUUUGAAAGUGAUGGGAGUGUGGGUGUGAUGGUCUUUGAUUUGCUUUUGUGUCUGGACUUUGGUAUGAGUUCAUGUUGAUUUAGUUCUGGCAUGUGAGCUAGAUCUUUUUGUCAAACUGUCCUGGUAACCAAACUGGAUGCAUUUGACAUGUAUAU